AUGCACGAAAACUCACCUCUCGCCGUGAAAGGUUCCCCACCUCACAGUGCUCUGUUUGGAUCCUUCACGCCUGCCCCGUCGGCUGCGUUUCUGGCCUCCCCCUCUUCACCGCCGUAUGUCUCUCCCCGAAACCAGGCACAGCAAACUGCGACCGCAGGUGAUCGCCUCGGAGAGAACCUGGUGAAAGACAAGGAACGCCGGGGGUCGGUGGCGCCCGGUUACCCGCCCGUGUCGCGUCGGCAAAACGAGAUCGCGUCCCCCGUGGAGUCUCUGCCGUCGGCAUCGCCCGCGACGAGUUUUGCCGCUCAGGCCUCACACGCUCUAGCGGCCUCUCCGUCUCCCCUGCCCUCGUCCGCCCCGUCUCCACCCGGGUCGCCCGCUCCCUCGCCCCCGGCUUCGCCCUCUUUCCAGCCUCAGUCGCCACCUUUGUCUCCUCGCAGCGCGCCUCUGGUUUCUCGGAUAGGCCCCGCAAGUGUCGCCCGGGAGACGGCCGUCGCGCAGAGUCCAGAGGCCGAGCCCAAGAGUGUCGUUGUGGCGGCGUCUGUGUUUGUGGGGAAGGAAGGCGUCGCUUCGCACCAAGAAACGCUUGUGGACGAGCGGGCGAUUGAGGUUCUGUCUCCGUGCGCAGCCCAAAACGGUCUGAACGGCGCGUCAUCCCCUCGGAUCCCGCCCCUCCCGCCAGCUGUUGGACGGGCAUCGGCGUUUCUCUCCGGGGCGUCGUGCUCGGGGGCGGCUGCCUCCGCUGCGGUCGCUGCGUCUGAUGCGACGUAUGGCGACAGCCAGAGACGGGAGGCCGGCCCGUGGGGACCAGGCAAGGAGAACGUUGCCGUUCGGACCCCAAGGGACAGAACGGUCCAGGAGGCGAAGGUUGGAGACAAGAGCCGCGCGGAGGUCGAAUCGCUGGCUAGGGGACUUGAGUUUAGAAACGCGUCUGCGGGUCUCCAAGAUCCGCCGCUGAGGAGCGGGGAAAGAGAGUCGGUGGCCGGGGGAAGAACUGGGGAAGAAGUGACCAGGUCGAGCAGGAAGGAGACAGAAGGAAACUUCAGGCAGGCAGAGAAGAACCAAAGCCGAGCACUAGAGCGACCGAGCGAAAAGCGCCUUUCGCCGCCUGAAACAGAAACGGCGUCUCGAAGGGCAGAGGCAGUCUCAGGGCGAGGCCCAGAGGCGCCGGCGGUGUCGCUCGCCCAGAAGCAGCCCGGAGACUGCGGUCGCGCGAACCGAUGGGCUCAGAGACGGCGGGAAGAACUCAGUGAGGAGAUUUUGCCGAAUCGCGACACCGGGCCAGGGGGUGCGCUGUUCAUCCAGACUCCCCGAACAGAGGCCUUCUUCCGAAUCCCGAAAGGGAGUCUUCCACAUCUGGAGCUGGCCAUGGAGCCUCCAGUUGCUCGGAGUUCCGCGGUAGAUGUCCAGAGGGACUGUCUCGGCCAAAAUGGCCUUGCCGCUCGCAGCCCGUUCCCUGCCGCACCAGACACGCCCGCGACUGUGGGCGAGCCGCUCGAGCGGGGGGGUUUCCGCGUCUUUCCUUGCCCCGCAACCGUCGGCGGGCAGGCGAGAAGGGAGCGCGAGGGCGAACGCGGCAGAGACAGCGAGGCUCGAAGAUGGUCAACGGUGCGUCGAGAGGCACCUGGAAAGGACGCUGCGUUGAGGCGAGGCGAGUCCGCGAAUCGACGCAGUUUGACAGAGUCGUUUUCGGUUUGCGGAACCGCGUCCGGCAGGUGGCCAGGCGUCGAGACGCCCGAAUCGCCUGCAGGAAGUCGCUCCGGCUCGGGUAUCUCAACGGCUGCAUCUUCCGAUGAUUUUGCUUCCUACGCCUUUCUUCCCAGUGAAGGCGGCGAGGUUCGCGAACCCCCGUCGCUCUGUUCGGCCGUGGGAGAGACAGGAUCCGAGAGGCGUUGUCUCCCGCUGUCGCACCCGCUCGCGUCCUCGCAUCUCGGCUCUUCGCCUUCCGUCUUCUCGGCCCUCAAGUACUGUACUGCACGCCUGUCCGGGACUGCCGCAACUCCGCGGGCCUCCUCGCCUCUGUCUCCGUCGCUCUCGCCCGAGCCAGGCAGCGGCGCAGAGCGAGACACGGCAGCGCUGGAUCGGACACCUCGCGCCGUAAAAGACAGAAAGGGAGCGACGCCACCUGCGUUUGCCGCCACAGGGCGUGUGCGUGCCCCUGACUCCUCUCCGCUCUCGAGCGAGGGACGGGGCGGCCGCGCCCUUCGCGCCGCUGCGAGUUCCGUCUUCCCGUCGGGAGUGAACGAAGCGCUUUCCGUGGCGAGGCCGGAACGGACGAAGAAGCGACUCAUCAGCCAGUCACGGGGUCGGGAGGACGCCCGCGCUUUGCCGAACAGUUCCUGGGUGUGUAUGGGUCAGCCAGGGCGCCAGGAGAGAAGAGGCCCGACCGCGCGCUUCUUCAGCACAGGGUCGGGAAGAGGGAGCAAAGACCCCUACGAGGUCCUCGGAUGCAGUCGCUCAAGCAGCACGCAAGAAAUCAAAAAGAAGUUCCGAGAAAUGGCGAAAAAGUACCACCCGGACUUGAACCCCGACCCGUCGGCGAAGCAAAAGAUGGCCGACAUCACUGCCGCCUACGAACUUCUGAGCGACCCGAAACAGCGCGAAUUCUACGACAAGACAGGCAUGACCCCAGACGAAGCUGCAGCAUCGGGCGCAGGUGGUCCUGGAGGCUCAGCGGCAGCAGGGAGUGCGGGUUUCGACGCGUCUUUCAUGUUCACUGACUUCGCCGAAAUGUUUGCCAACAUGGCGGGUUUUGCGGGCGCGGGAGGCGCAGGGCCUUUCUCGUCCUCAGCCUUUGGGUCUGCUGGCGCCGCUGCCGGCACCAGUGCGGUUCGCGGGGAAGACAUCCAAACGGAAGUGACAAUCGACCUCAUGGAUGCAGUCAAAGGCUGCGAAAAGACGCUCCACUUCAGCGCAAAGUGUGUUUGCAGCAGCUGCACAGGGACGGGAAGCGCCACAGGCAGCGGCGGCAUCCAGCGGUGUCGAACGUGCGGGGGGAGCGGCGUGCAGAGAGUGGAGCGAGGCCCCAUCGUUCUGGGCAUUCCGUGUCGUCAGUGCAACGGCGCCGGCCAGGUCAUCACCCACCCAUGCAGGACCUGCCGCGGGACAGGAGUCAAGACGCAGCCCAAGGUGCUCAACAUCGACAUCCCCAAGGGCGUCCGUCAGGGCAUGCAGAUGCGGGUUCCUAACCAAGGCCACAUGGGACUGCGGGGAGGCAAACCGGGGCACUUGUUUGUCAGCAUCAACGUGAAGCCCCACGACACAUUCCGCUGGAUCGACGACGACAUCCACAUCGAUUGUCUCCUUGGAGGCAGCGUCGAAAUCGCCACACUCGAUGGGAUGGUGGAGCUUCUGAUCCCGCCGAGCACGUCGCCAUCAACUGUCAAAAUCCUCAAGGGACGGGGACCGCCGAAAAUCGACCAGCGCGGAGGCGUUGGGAAUCUCGUCCUCCAUUUCACCCUCAAGAUGCCUACAUCUCUGACGCCCCAGCAGCGACGCUAUAUCGAGUUGUUUGAUCAAAUUGAAGACGCUCGCACGUCUGCGUACAACGGCCAACGCGACUCGGACCCGCGAGCGGGAUCUAGCCAGGCGCGUGAGGAGAGCGAUCACAGAGGAUCUCGUCGCUCCUCGUCUUCUCCAGCUCGAAGUGAAGACGCGGCGAAAGACAGCGACAAGCACGCCAGGCGAAAGACAGAGAAAGGCAAGAAAGCGUCGGAAGACGAACAUUCUGGACACGAAGUGCACAGCCAUCCAGCGCCGCCGCCGCCUCCGCCCCCUCCACCGCCGCCUCCGCGAGCUCAGGGAAGUGUUGAGCGGCAUUCUCGCGACAAAGAUGUCAGUGACAACGGCUCUUGUUCCAAGCCCGAAGCGAUGGCAGCGUCUUCUGAGUCUGUGGAAUCCGUGAUGGCGUCGGAUUCCGCUGCCGAGGCAGAGUUGGAAAGGGAUGUGGAAACUGCUGCGGGAAGUGAAGCGCCAGAAAUACAGACCGACCCCGAAGACGAGAAAGACGAGGUGAAGUCUGACACGACAGAGGACAAGCAGAAAGCCUAG